GAUCAGAUCCUCCAGAUCGAUGGGAAGAACUGCGCCGGGUGGAACAUAGAGAAGGCAAAGCGGGUGCUGAAGAAGGCCUCGCCGGAGAAGAUCGUUAUGGUGGUUCGGGACAGACCUUUCCAGCGAACGGUGACCAUGCAUAAAGACAGCAGCGGCCAUGUGGGUUUCGUCAUUAAGCGGGGCCAGAUCACCUCGCUGGCCAGAGACAGCUCUGCGGCCCGGAACGGGCUCCUCACCAAGCAUUACAUCUGCGAAGUGAAUGGACAGAACGUCAUUGGCCUGAAG